GCAAAACUGUUUUCUUUACUGUUUGCCGACGAUUCUCAUCAUACUCCAUAGUGGAAAAAGCUGCAAUUUAAAUUAAUGUGUGUCCCAGGAAAGUGUUGUGCUUGUGCCGCGUGAAAACGAACCGAGUGUGUUAAAAGAGCAAAACCUGCUCACCUGCCCCGAACCAAACACAAAAGGCUUCGGAUGCUGUAUGAAAAGUGAAGCAAUAGAGAGAAAAAAGCGUAUCUUUGCUAAAUAUGCAAAGGAAUGUAGCUGUGGGUGCGCGAAAAGUGUGAAAUCUUUAGUCAAGGCAGUGAAUUUUGCGAUAAUUGUUCGGGCCAGGUGAAUGUCAAUAUUGUAGCAUUCGGGAAGAAAGCAGCUGCCAGCAUCCUUCUCUUGUCGCUCUGCCAACAGGACACUCUUUGCGCUUGCAUCGAAAGGCAGACUCUGUGCUAGAAGAGGCACCGAGCUCAUUCUUAAAAAAAAACAGUCAGUGGCAGACCAAUAGCACGGGAUCCAGUGCCGUAAUCAGCGCGUGUGUUAUUUACAGUCACGUGCUUACAUGGCCAUUUGACUUGAGCGAUUGGAAGCGUUUACGCUGUCAAAAAAGAGAGUAUUUGUAUUACAAGCGGCCUAAAGCAAAUCAUCGCAAAGCGCACUAUCAUCAUGCACGGACAUAUGGCACCACAGCAGCAUCCAGGGAUGCAUCCGGCACACCAACCGCCACCACAUUUAACGCAUUUAACCAGCCUGCCGCCGCACAGCAUACAGCGCGACCAUCCCGCGAACAGACUAAACAACGCCCGUCAUCAUCAUCCGCGCGGUGUCGACCAUCAGGCGGCAGCAGGUAUGGCACCACACCUUCCAAUGCAGGUUCCGCCACCAACACAUCAACCUUCACACCAGUCACAGAACGUGAGAAAGCCAUCGGGACCUUAUUAUAGCAUGCAUGGCGGCAUACCGAAGUCCAUGCCUUUGGCUACACCCCAUCUACAUCCUUCGCCACCGGGUUUGGGCGUGGGACCGCCGCAACCGCCUCAACCCCUACCACCACACCAGCAUAUGGGUUCGAUUUCGCACCCGUCGGUAGUCGGGGGUAAUCAUCCGCCCGUUCCCGGGGGUAAGAUUCCGUAUGGCAUUGGAGGUGGUGGUGGUGGUGGAGGUGCUGGUGGUAGUAGCGGUGGAGCAGCAAUGGCACAGCAUCAGCAGCCCUCGGUUUCAGUGCAUCAUUCAGUGACGAUGCAAGCACCACCACCGAUACCUGUUGUCUCAGCAGCGACUCCGGCCGGUACGAAAACGCGUCACAUCCCAUCGAACACGGACCAUAAAGUGCAUCACGGCCAUGGCCAUAGUGUGCUGCAAUCGAAUGGCAAUUGUGGUCCCGGUUCGAAGGGGAUUGCGACUAACCAUCACACGAACCAGACGGGAUCGACUAUGGAUAAGACGAAGGUGUCUGGUGGAACUGCAUCCAGUGGCGGUAAUCGACACCACAAUCACCAUCAUAAUCAGCAUCAACAGCAGCAGCAUCAACCACAACAGCAGAUAGUCUCGAAGUCAAAUGAUGUUCCACUCCCAAAGGACUCGGCUGCGGUACUCGCAGUGACAGUGAGUGCCGCCAAUGCGACACCGGCCGUUGCAAACGUUGUACCGACGAUGACGAACCAGACGGGCACGACGGCUAUCGCUAUUAGUACGCCAGCGAACGGUGGAAUGUCAUCGAUGGCGGAGGGACAGAACGGAACGGUCAACCAGUUGAUGACGACACAACACUCACCAACCGACUCGAUAGAAGCCUUGGCAAACAUUAAAGAGAAAACUACCAUGUGUUUAGUUAACGAAUUGGCGCGGUACAAUAAAAUCCAGCACCAGUACCGUCUGACGGGCGAAUCUGGACCGGCACACAAGAAACACUUCACCGUCACGCUGAAGCUGGGCGAUGAAGAGUACACGGCCGAGGGGGCGAGCAUUAAGAAGGCCCAACACAAGGCGGCCGGUGAUGCGAUCGCUGCGACCAAGUACAAGCAUCCACCGGCCCGGACGAACCGUCGCACCAAAACCGGCACCAAGGGCAACGUGAGCAGUUUCACUCCGACGGUCGAGCUGAACGCGUUGGCCAUGAAGCGCGGUGAACCGACCGUGUACACCGUAAAGGCGGUUCCGAUACCGGUAUCAAAGUACGGCCCGGCAAACGGUACGACUGGAGGCCCGGUUCCGGCCACUGCAACCGGUGGAAGACGCCCGAUGGAAGAUAAGUCCGCACCGGGUGGUGCUCACUCACCCGGCACGGGGUACGGUGGUGCGGGACGAUACGCGGCCGAUGGCAGUACGGGGGCACCCGGCGGCAAUGGGUACUGGUGCCGAACAAUAACUGGACCGACGGGUAUUGCGGCUGGUGUUGGCGGACGUGGAGGCAUGGGUGGAUUUCAUCCGGGACACCAGCAGCAACAGCAACAGCAUGGUCAUCACCCGCGUGACGAUCGUCACCAUGCACCACACAACUAUCACCAUCAUGAAGGAUACGGACACCACGGUUCGUCGGGGCCGGUGACAUCCGUGCAGGAAUUCUAUAAGGCUACGCUGCGCGUUGGGGAACGAACGUUCCUGGGCGAAGGUCAUACACCGCAAGCCGCUCGACACGAUGCCGCCGCCAGAGCGCUGGAAGUGUUGAAACCACUAACUGCGGAUAGCGCCGAAGGGAAGGGCAAAGCUGGUGAAUGUCCUGCCAACGGCGAUACUCUUUCAAGCGAUGGCAUUGGAACGUCUGCCGACGGGUACGAUCCAAAUGCGGAACUGAAGUCACCAAUUUCACUCGUCCACGAGAUAGCGGUGCAGCGUAGUUUGACGGUCGUAUUUGAGGUAAUCAGUGAGAAGGGUCCACCACAUAUGACUGUGUUUGUGACUCAGUGCAAGGUGGGUACGAUCGUAACUGAAGGUGAGGGAACCGGCAAAAAGCUAUCGAAGAAGCGGGCUGCCGAAAAAAUGCUAGAAGAGUUACGCAAGCUUCAAAGUGUGGAGCAGCAAACGUAUCCUCCGUCGUGGGGCGAAAGCAGUCCAGGCACUCCAGGUGGCGAAAAGCGUAAAUCUAAUGCGAAAUCAGCGGCCGCAGCGGAUGGUGGUACAGCGAAGAAAAAGGCGCGUAAUCUCAUCAAAGAAAAAUCGAUUGUAGACGUGGCCGAGAAGGAAAAUCCCAUCUCACGCUUGAUGCAGAUCCAGCAGGCGCGCAAAGAAAAGCAACCUGUUUACACGUUGAUGGAGAACGAUCGCCCGAAUGUCGGCAGACGACGGCAGUUUACCAUUGAAGUUAGUGCCAGUGGACGCCAGGCGACUGGUGUCGGUAUGACGAAAAAGGCAGCCAAAUGGAACGCAGCCGAAGCAUUGUUGGUGGAACUGGGAUACGCAACGGAGUCGAAGGGACCGACUGCGACAGGUGGCGAUGGGGCCGCAAACAAGGAAAACCAGUCUGGCGCGGCAAACGAUUCAUCUCCACCGGGCGGCAAGCGUUCACGAAAGGUUAGGUUCCAGGACGAGCAAAGAAACGGCGUGCCAUCUGCGACACAAAUACUACCAAAUGUCACAUCCUCAAGUGGUGCAAAUCAAGGUAAAGGUGAAACAUCUAAUGACUCGUUAAACGACAGUAUCGCUUCAACCGACAGCAUGGGAACGAACAGUUCUGGAGUGUCAAGUGCAUCCUCAGCUGCACCGAAAGCCGCUGUUGGUGCAAAGAAAGAGCAACUCCUAUAUCUUGCCCAGCUUUUAAAAUUCGAGGUACAAUUUUCCGACUUUCCAAAGGGUAAUCAUGGUGAAUAUCUGACAUUAGUGAUAUUGUCCACGGAACCGAAUCAGCUUUGUCAUGGUAGCGGUGCAAGUCUCCAGGAAAGUCACGAUGAGGCAGCACGUGGAGCCCUCGAAAUUCUGUCCAAAAUCGGUCUGGACAAUAUAAAGCCCAAAGCACCAGCAAACAGCGUAUCGGAUGAUUCUACAAGCUCAGUAACAGGAACAGCUUCGUCAACGGCAACGGUGUCUUCAUCUGGAACAUCCAACAAUAAAUAAGAAGACCAUUGCAUUGUGUAGACGACACCAAGCCAUUGCCGGGGAAUGUGAGACGCCGUGAUCAACGGAAGUCAGAUGAUGGGGAGACGAUGAGUGUAUGUAUGUGUUAUCGUUAUCGAUGUUAACUAAAUGCAGCCGGAUUGCAGCGCGAAAAGCCGUGUAACAGCAAGUUUAAACAACACAUCUCAAAAAGAAACAUUACAAUCGCGAAGAAAGGGAAAUUUCUGAAACCAACUCCGGGGCAAUUAGACGAAUGAUGGAAGCAGAUUUUCAAUCCUUUUGUAACUUUUUUUGUUUACUUGUUACGUUUUGUUUAACUUUUUCGCGCAACCAUUUGCGAUUUGUUUGAUGCAUAUUUUUGUUUCUCCAUACAAUAAGUGGAGGGAAAAAUUGCACAGAGUGCUGCAAGCUUUUGUUUGUGUUUAUGAAAUCGACACCCAGCUUAAUCGUUCAGAUAAGCAAAAUGGAUGUUACGUAGCCUUUUCGUCCAGUACAGAAUUAAAACAAAAAUCCUACAAGAAGUUUAGAGUCAAUCUGGUGUAACAUCAUUUCACAAAGCUGCAGUACUGUGUGCGAAAAAGUGUUGAAGAAAAAAUAUUUCGUGGAAGAACGCACGUAAAAAGAAGAUCAGUAGAAUUGAUUACCAUUUUCCUAAGUGAAGAGUUUGAAGAAACACACUGUGGAACAGACACACGGACGGACUGAUGAAAGUGAAACAAAGGCCAACAACAAACUGUGAAAAGUUAAGAUGUGCAUGAAGGUUCUUGAAUCAACAAUAGCUAAGACGGAAGAUGGAAAGAGCUAGAGAGGAAUAGUGAGAUUGUGUCAUUGAUAAAGCAGCGUAAGAAAUAGUGGCUUUCAAGGAAGGGAAUCGAUAUAUAAUAGUUAUCUUUUGCAUCGAUGGAAGCAGCUUAGGGUAAUAAUACUUCAUCGUACAGUAGAUUCUUGAUCGCUGACUAGGCCGGUAGAAAUUACAGCUCAGGAAAGAGGCAACGACUGAGACCCUAGUCAGCGCAUCAAUGAUUGUUACUUACGAUAUUUGUACCCCUUAAUUGAUGGUGUCACAAAGUAGUACUAUUCGUAGUUUGUGUAUUUCGUUUGAUAACCUUCAUCAUUCUGCUUUUCCAAAUGUUCGCGCGGGAUAGUCCACGGUCUGACACAUGUAGAUGCUGUUUGCUAGCUGUGCAAGUCGACCGUAGACGAAAUACGCAGAGGAAUGCAGUAAAAUCCCGAACAUAUGAAACGUAAGCGCGCCUGUUCGGUUGGUUCGAGACACAUUUAGCGUAAGUAGAGGCGAUCGAGAUUUUACUAGAUUCCGAAGCGUACCGCGAAACGUUCACGUUCAAUAUUAACUAUAGCCGUCAGAGUUUGCCAUCGGUUUGGAUGUCUGAGAUCGGUCUGUAUUGAGCGCAAACGUGAUUUAUCAAGGUGCAAGGACGAUAUGCAAAGAACGCAAGCGCCCUGAGAUAGGUCUUACUAAGCUGAUGAACACUAAAGGAAGAUCGGUCCUGCUGUCGCCUCUAGAAUACCAAGCAAUUGAUCAUUAUACGAGGCACGAUCAACAGUUUCAAGGCACUAACGAUCAUUUCUCAGGGCUGCUGACGAAAAGCAUCGUUGCAACAACACCUUUAACUUAAGUGUGUUUCUGCUAGUGUUCGUAUACAAGUAUCUAACUGUAAGGAAUAAUGUAUUUUUUCGCUAUUCAAUCACAUUAUCGUACAUCCCCAGUUACAACAACAUACCGCAACGAUACCAAUUUUAACAAUAGUAAUCCACAAUCGGACGUCUCGUCACGUAAAACAUCUCCAAUUGGCAAAAUACAGAUACUUUCUACCAUGCACACAAACACAAUAGCAAUAGUCCUAUUGGCGAAAGUUUACCAGACCAGGCAGAACAAACAAAAAAAAUACAUUUUUUCCAGUAUAUGAAGAAACGAGUGAUCACGAAACAAAUGGAUCGGAACGGAAACACAUUUUAUUUAAGUUUGGCAUGUGAAAUUAGACCGAAUACGCGUAAGGGCCCGUGAUGACUUUACUACAAUUUCAACACAUCACAGAUAAGAUAGCAAAUGCAAAACUCCGAUUAGGCAUAUGGUAAUUAAUGUUGAGACAGAAGAAAAGAAAACUUCGACCGGGCGCUCGCCAAGAAGAAUCGGCAACAAGAUUAAGCGUUAAAAAUAGGUUUAUUGAUCGCUCUUGUAAAACGACUCCAUCGAGACAACUCCAAAAGUAGGCGGUGGGAUUGUAGCGAAUGCAUCGAGCGAACGUUAAAUGCCCUUGGUGCAGCGUUAGUAACUCAUUUCAUAUUGUAUUAUUUAUUGUACAUUUGCGUAGCAAGACACCGAAUCGUAUUUAUUAUUUAAUAUCCCUGCCAACAUUUGCAUUUUUUUUUUGCUUCGUCCUGCGCUAGAAACUUAAGAAUAUGUUGCCUAACAGCAAUUUUUUCACGAGGAGUAGAUGAAAUCAAGAGCGAUCGAUAAGCGUGGCCUGACACUUCAAUGCACCAUUUUCAGUACGUAUUGUUAAGGGAACGUUUUCCCGGCGUAUCAGUGUCGCAGUUUUAUCCAAUACAGUUUGCGUACGGAAACAGUAAAAGUGUACAAGAAAAACUUCUGCAACGCACCAUUAUUCAGAACCCUCACGCAAACCUUAUUUGGCUAAAACGAACAACAAACAAAAGUGAAGAAAACGGUGGAAAACAAUUCGUCGUUAUUGUUUAAAACUAGAAAAAUAAAACCGAUUAUUUGCACUGGUUUAAAAUACUUACAUGGUACCCAAGAAACAACACAAAAUAAGGAAACAAAUAAAAGAAAAACUCGUCAAAGGCAGCAUAUAUUUUAGAAAUAUCAAAAAUCGUUAAAAAGUUUUUGAAAAUUUUAAUAGAAGAACCCAAGAUGCGAGAAAACAUAAUAGGACAGAUGCUAAAACUAUUUAAAAGAAAAAUCCUCCUGACGGGAAUACUACACUCGAACAGGAGGGUGCACCCAAAGGUCAAUGUUUCCAGUCCUUAUCGAUGGUGUAAUCCCUAUAUUUUCCUAAAAUUCCUGUUCUUGAAAACAAAAAGGAUGCAUAAGUUUCCCUCAGGUCAAACGUAGUUAAAAAUCGGUUUAAAAGAAAAGGAAAAAAACGACACUAACUCCAACUAGCAUGCGGAUUCCCAAACCAACAACGCCAUGAGAAGCAUGUAAAUUAAAAAAAAAUGCAAAAAAUGAAGAAAACGAGAGGAGAAUGGAUUGGAUAAAAUUAGGCACAGUACGAAAAGGGCAUUAUUACACGCGUGAAAGUAGAAAGGGACGGAAUGCGCCAGUUAGUGACGGAGUGCAUGUGCUGAUAAAGAAAAUGUGAACUUGUAGUAAACAAACUAUGAAACAUCCACCAUCAUCAUAUUUGUACGAGAAAAAUAAUGAAAUAUAUGGAACGAAUAAAGAAACUACUCAACAUACACCGACGGUGGCUCGUACCAGCAAAAAGUAUCACAAAAUGUUAGUAAUUUUCAUUACCCAAGAUAUUAUAAAUCUGUACUUAUUUCUUUACACCUUACAGCGCGUGUCGAAGGAAAGAAAGGAGGAUACUAUUGUGCAAGAAGGACUGAGAUCUACACCUGCUAGCAGCAUGAGUAUCUCCCGUAAUACUCCAACAAAAUGUUCCAUUGCAAAUGUUUCAAACUG